AUGUCACACUAUGUCUUGGAAGAAGCAGCACUCAUUGCUGAAGAGCUUUCCGUUACGAAAAUGAGUUCUCUUAGCUAUCCCGGAACACCAUGUCGAGUACUUGCAAAGAGCCUCUUAAAAUGGGAUCUUCAGGAUAUAUUACUCUGCGGAGUUUAUGCACGGAGAGAAGCUGUUUCUGGGAAUAUUGAUCUCGCAAGAAAAGUGUUCGACAUGGCAUUGUUAUCUACCAAAGCGCUUCUUCCGAUGCAACUGCUUAGAGCGCGCCAGGGGUUUAGAGAGAGAUUGAGAACAAUACAUUCAGCAGGGUCGUGUGGUUCCGUGAACGAUCAGUCUGUUGCUCUUGCAUCUUCAGCUGCUUUGUUUGAGGAGUUGACUAGUGGAUGGGCAACAGGUAUAGAGGUUUUAGAUCUAGCUCUUUCAAUGGUGCUUCCAGGUAACUUUUUUUUUUUUUUUUGUAGGGGGAGGGCGGGGGAGAGAUUAAAAGGAAAAUUUAUACACGAAAGAAGCAGUUGA